AUGAAAGACAUCGGAAUCAUAAACACCGCCGGUCCAAAGAACGGGCAAGCGGUGGCGCUCCGAUCAGAUUCCGAUCACUCCACACGCUCUACCCUCACCCAACGCCAGUUCUACCGCGACUGUGACAUCACCGGAACCGUCGAUUUCAUCUUCGGAAACGCGGCGGUGGUCUUCCAAGGCUGUAAUAUCCGUCCACGUCAGCCACUCCCUGGCCAGUCCAACACGAUCACGGCACAAGGCAAAACUGAUCCGAACCAUGACACUGGAAUCUCGAUCCAGUAUUGCACCAUCUCACCCAACGGAGAUGUAACUGCUGCGACGUAUCUUGGUCGUCCGUGGAAAAAGUAUUCGAAGACGGUGGUUAUGCAAUCGGAGAUUGGGUCGAUCGUGAGUCCCGCCGGGUGGAGUUCGUGGGGGUCCAAGGACCCGCCGUCGACUAUAUUUUAUGGAGAGUUCAAGAAUUCGGGUCCUGGGUCGGAUUUAACUCAGAGAAUUAAGUGGGUCGGUUAUAGACCCGUUAUGACUGAUAUUGACGUAUGGAAUGUUAUGGUUUAUAACUUUAUCCAAGGAAUGGAGUGGAUAGAGGCGACGGGAGUGCCGUUUGAACCCAAGUGA